AUGUCUGAUAACGAAACGACUGAAAAGUUCGAACCUGCAGUUUCGAGCUCGAUGCUAGAGCUCUCAGGUAUCGCGACCAACAUUCGUAUUCCGCCAAUAUGGCGCGACCAAAUAAGACUUUGGUUUGUGCAGUUUGAAUCCAUCGUCGCCCCCCUCAAGAAAGGCGACCAGGCAAUGUACGAACUCGCAAUAGCAAAACUAGAACGUCAGGAUUUGGACGAAGUAAGCGACAUUUUACUAAAACCACCUGAAACUAAAAAGUACGAAACCUUGAAAACACGAUUGAUUACCGUCUACGAAGAGUCUAAAGAACGUAGUCUGCAACGUCUUUUAUCCGAAAUGGAGCUCGGUGAUUUAAAGCCAUCUCAGUUACUGCGUCGGAUGAAAACCCUCGCCGGUAGCAACGUCUCCGAAACAGCUCUCCGUAUCCUGUGGUCCAAUCAUCUGCCUUUGUCCGUUCGAGCCGUCGUCGCCUCCAGCGAUACUAUUAUGAAAGACAAAUUUAAACGACAUAGCACUGAUGGCAGAUAA